CGCGCGUGCUCUCGGCCUCAGUGUGGCGGACAUCACGGCAACAUGAAGGGACUGACUCUGUGUGCGCUCGCUGUCGCUUUAAUCGCUGCGGUAUUCGCCACAAAAUCACCGUAUCAGUCUGUUCUUCAGCACAGCCGGAUAAGAGGAAGACAGCAUGGCCCAAACGUUUGCGCUAUGCAGAAGAUCCAAGGAACCGAUAAGAAGUACUUCACCAACUGCAAGCAGUGGUAUCGGCGCAAAAUAUGCGGCAAACCAACUGUGGUUGCCUAUGAAUGCUGCCCUGGUUAUGAAAAGGUGCUGGGAGAGAAGGGCUGUCCUGCAGCUCUUCCUUUGGUGAAUAUCUACAACACCCUGGGGGUGGUUGGAGCCACUACUACUCAGAUGUACUCUGAUAGAGCUAAACUGAAAGAGGAAAUUGAGGGACCUGGCAGUUUCACUUUCUUUGCCCCAAGUAACGAGGCCUGGGCUGCUCUUUCCAUAGAAAUUCUGGAUGCCUUGGUGAGCAAUGUCAACAUUGAGCUCCUGAAUGCAUUGCACUACCAUAUGAUUAACAAACGCUUGACUUCAGAUGACCUCAAGCAUGGGUCCUCCUUCUCCUCAAUGUACCAGGAUUUUGAUGUUCAUAUCCAGCAUUAUUCCAAUGGAAUUGUGACUGUAAACUGUGCAAGGCUGGUGAAGACAGACCAGCAUGCCACUAAUGGAAUAGUGCACGUUGUUGACAGAGUUAUUACAGCCGUCACCAACAAUGUCCAGUCUUUUCUCGACACAGAUGAUGAUCUGACAACACUGCAAAAAGCUGUCGAUGAUGCUGGUCUUACCUCACUGUUGGAGAGUCAGGGUUCCUAUACACUAUUUGCUCCAACCAAUGAAGCAUUUGAGAAGAUUCCUGAAGAAAUGCUGAACAGAAUCUUGAGCGAUCCAGUAGCUCUCAGAGAUUUGCUGAAUUACCACAUCCUGAAGAACAUGCACUGCGCUGAGUCCGUUGUGGCAGGGACUCCAUUGGAGACGCUUCAGGGCACAGUGCUGGAGGUGGGCUGUGAAGGAGACGCAAUGACCCUCAAUGGCAAAGCCAUUGUCACAAACGCAGACAAGCUGGGAACCAAUGGAGUUGUCCAUUACAUUAACGAGCUUCUCAUCCCUGACUCAGUUAAGACGUUGAAAGAACUUGCUGAAAGUGUUCCACAAGUUUCCACGGCCACUAAGUUUUUCACAGAUGCUGGUCUAAAUCCUCAGCUUUCGGGCUCAGAAGCAGUUACAUUGAUAGCACCUCAAAAUGAUGCUUUCAAAGGUAGCUUUACUAUGACACCUGAAGUGAGAAAACUGAUGAGGAACCAUGUUCUAAAGGGGAAACUCUCCUCCAAGAGUCUGUACCAUGGACAGGAGCUGGAAACCAUUGAAGGAACUAAACUUAGAGUGUUUGUAUAUAGAAAUAACCUCUGCAUCGAGAACGCCUGUAUUGCUGCUCAUGAUAAAUAUGGCCGCCACGGCGCUAUGUUCAUCGUGGAUAAGAUUCUGGCUCCUCCCAUGGGCACUGUUAUGGAUGUUCUAAAGGCAGACAAUCGUUUCAGCACCUUGGUUGGCAACAUACAGAGGGCAGGCAUGACUGAGCUGCUGAACAAGAAAGGGACCUACACCAUCUUUGCCCCCACCAGCGAUGCUUUCCGUGCCAUGCCCACAGCUGACCUCAAUAAAAUUACAAGAGAUUCCAGAGAGCUUGCCAACCUUCUGAAGUACCACAUAGGUGAUGAGUUUCUUGUUAGUGGUGGAGUGACCUCUCAUACCAGAAUGAAGCCUAUGUCAGGAGAGAAGCUUGAGCUAGGCUUGAGAAACUCCACUAUGUACGUCAACAGGGUGCAGGUUGUUGACGCUGACAUGAUGGCUACUAAUGGAGUCGUACAUGCCAUAAACUCAAUCAUAAAACCACUGCCUCCUAAAGUUGUGAGUGACCAGGCAGAGGGCUCUUCAGCAAAGCAUACCUCUGCAGUGAGGGCAGGCACACGAGUUCUAAAUAAGGAUGAACUUUUCCAGAAGAUUUUGAACAGUCGGUCCAGCAGAACAAUGACCAAAGUUUAGAAAACUCAGCGGUUUUGUGAAAAACUGAAGUUAAUCUGAACCUCCACUGCUCUUGGAAGCCAUGCACAAUGAGUAAUCUUUCUGUAAGCAGUGAAGAGGUAAUUAACUAAUUUACAGGAAAACCAACUUCAGCAAACCAGGGAAAAUGGAUGGAUUAAAAUUGUCAUUGUUGUGUUUGAAUGCCAAAGACCGUGUUGAUGAUAAUUAGUUAAAUAUUUGUUAAAUUGACUUGUAUCUCAAUGUAAGUCUGAUUUAGUGCUCUAGAGCUGAUUUUGAGAAAUGCUAACUGUUUUAUUUGUUUUCUACUUUCGGUUUGUUUGUUUCAUUUUUUACAUUUUUAUAUACAUGUAGCAUGUUUGCAUGGUUAAUUGAAACAAAAAUUGCUAUUCGGGCACAGGCAGUGCAGGUCAGGUUUACUUUUCUUUAUGGUGCAGAAGCUGUUCCUAUGCAAAACACUCUCAGUCUAUUUAGAAUACAUAUGUACAAAUGUGUUUGGCAAAAGUGUCAUUUCUGUGUACCCACUCAGCAGACUCCUCAGCCAAGACCUUACAGACAGCAGGACUUAACAUAUAAGUAAUUUUUUUUCCUUAUUAAAAUAUUUGUAGGCUGUCAUGUCAUUAAAAAAAUCAAGGUUAGUUUGCACAGAGUGAGAAAUUCUGAUAUUUCCAAGAGGCUGGGAAAAGCAAUCCUACAGCUCAGUGACAUUAUUGUGGUGAGCAUUUUGUCUGUUAAUCUUGGUAGAGCUGUUUAAUGUGUGGAUGAACAAAGUCUUUCUGGUGAAGACAUCUGCCAAAUCAAAUAGGAAUAGAUAGUGUGCACUGUACUGUGGAAAUAUCGUGUGGAACCAAAGAACAAUAUUUACAUAUUUCACAAUAAAAUGACCAUUUUUAACCAGA